AUGUCUGAACGUAAGGUAUUGAACAAGUACUUUCCUCCAAAUUUCGAUCCGGCAAACAUCCCAAGACAAAAAAAGCCCAAGGAUCAGCAGCAUAAGGUGCGUCUUAUGUCUCCCUUCUCUAUGCGCUGUGAGAGUUGUGGUGAAUACAUCUACAAAGGAAAGAAGUUUAAUGCGAGAAAAGAAACGGUGGAGGGUGAGAUGUAUCUCAAUAUCAAGAUCUUUCGAUUCUACAUCAGAUGUCCUCGUUGCUCUGCAGAAAUCACCUUCAAAACAGAUCCCAAGAACACAGAUUACGUGGCUGAGAACGGAGCCAGCAGAAAUUUCGAACCAUGGCGUGGCGAAGAAGACCCUGAAUCAGGAUCUGACGAUGAGCCUGAUGAUCCCAUGAAGUCAUUGGAAAGCCGCACACUGGAUUCAAAGAGAGAAAUGGACAUUAUGGAUGCAUUGGAUGAAAUUCGUACUAGAAAUGCUCGAUCAGAACGCUUGGAUGUGGAUGAAGUGCUAGAUCGCUUUUCAGCAGAAGAUAAAGUGGUGAUUACAGACCGCAUGAAGAAGGAAGAGGAGGAAGAUGAGAGACAGGCAAAGGCAAUUUUUGAAAGUGCGGAUGGGCAACAAGUACGAAAACUAAAGGAGGCCGAGCCAGACGCUAUUUCGUUAGUAGGUGAAUCAGCAAAGGAUAUACCCUCGUUCAAACCAGCCGCGAUUAUCAAGAAGAGAAAGCAGCCUACAUCGAGCUCCAUUGUCGUGGUGAAAAAGCAAAAGAACGAAGCACCCAAAUCAGCCAAUGCGUUAUCCUUACUCGCCAGUUAUGAUGAUGAUGACAGCAGCUCUUCUGAUUAA